AGUUUUUCAUCAUUCCAAGUUUGACACUAAAUAAUUUGGAUGACAAAUUUUAUUCGUGUUUUGAAAAAAAGAUGACUGGUUCAUCAAAUUUUCAUUGACUUUAAAAUUCAUAUUUGCGAAAAGAAACAAUUUCAAUUAACGAAAAUCAUUAUAGUUGUAGAAAAAUCAAGUUUUGAUUGUGGUAACAGUUUGUUUUAUGAUAUCAAAUGUUAUGUUAAGCUUUACCUUGGUUCAUUAUCUUUAAAACGCAAUUUUUAAAAUUUAUUGUCGAACAAAACAUUUAAACAGAAAAAAUACAUUGCAUUAACUAUAGUUAUGGAUGUAUCCGGAGAGGAACGAAAAUCGAACCCGUCCGUCCGGCAGGACCAGCACUUAAUCGAAAUCGUCAAAAGUCUGUUGGACAGCCUAAGCGGAGAUGAGCAACUACGCAAUACAACGGAGGCAGCACUGAUUAGGAUUGCGAAGAAGCGUUACGAUGAAAUCAUAGAAGUGUUUUGCGAGUAUCGGAAGAAGCACCAGAAGCUGGGCGAAACGCAGGCAUCGAUCAUUCUGAGGGUCAUCGAACAUGUUGUGGUCAACUUGAUGGAUAAGAUCAGCCACGGGACCGCGUCCAAGUGUGUGGAGUACAGUGUCAACGAGAUAACGCGUUGUCCGGAUCAGCAAACAACGAUUCAGGUGCCGUGUCGGGAGAUUCUAGUAUCCGUAGGCAGGCGGUACUGCAAAGAGGUGAUGGACGCACUCGCGAAACAUGUCGAGAAGCACCAGGUGGCCCAUUUUAUGGUUCCCUACACAAUGGGUUCAUUAGCUACGGCCAAUGUUAUGGACUCGAUUUCUUUGAUUAAACCAUUACUUGGCUUUAUUCUGCCAACACUUUCCUCGAUCAAACAGGACCACCUGAGACAAUCUUACGCCUUUGCCAUCGGUCGCUUCGGGGAAGCUUUCUGCGAGUACAAAGAACACCUCCGUCUUAAUCCAAACGAAGAAACUCCAAUGAAAACUGGUUUAACUUAUGACAUUUCGGACGAGGUGGGCAUUUGUUACGAUCUGUUCCAGAGCCAAUGGUUGUCGUCUCGCGAGCCCAAAUUGGCGUAUGAAGUGUUGAACGCUCUGUCCUUUCUGUAUCCCUUGCUUCCAAUGGACAAAUUGAACGAUGGUUUGCUAAAAGUUAUCCCGGCCACACUCGCCCUGUACCGUCGUAGCAUUGAUCGGAGUGUCGUAACGCAAUAUUUAGCAUCAAUCAUCAAAACUGUCCUCACCCUGAAUGCGUCACUUUUGUCGGGAGUUUCUGACACUAUAAUUGCGACUCUUUUUGAUCUGGUCUGUGUCAACCCGGACUACGAGAAGCCACAAACGGUCAAGGGACACUACGAAGUGCUGCGCUGCUUCGACUUGAUGGCUAAUGACUUUGGCGAAAAAAUCGUAGAGAUCCUUUUGAUACAUUUACGCAGUAACAACGAGCGAGAGCGAAUAAAAUCGCUACUGGUGUUGACACAUCUAACCAACACGUCGGAGACAAUCAUCGUUGAAAAACAGUCCGAAAUUUGUUCGAUUUUGAAAUCGAUGCUGGUCACGGAGCGAUCAAUAAAGUUAAAAAUGAUUCUGCUUAAGACGGUCGUCGCCUUUAUGCAGCGAAAUUUUGUGCACGAGCGGGAAUUUGUAAUAUUUUUGAUACGAGGAAGCUGUCGACAGUCCAAGUUCAAUACCGAGUAUGGCAGCAACGAAGAAUAUCUGGAAUUUGUGAAGGCGUGCAACAACACCCUUUUCAUACUGUCCUCAACCAUCGGCACCAUGGACGACAUUCUAAGGAUAGAAUUACUGCAAAAUUUCCUUAGGCUUGAAUUCACCGACAUCAGCAGUACGAUUAGCAAGUGUUUAGCCAAUCUGUUGGCCAAGAGUCCGGAGAUUGGCGUCAGCAGUCAUCCAGAUGGUCGUAAUCCGUUCGAUGAGAACGAACCCAGCAUCGAAGAGGUCCGCCCGCCAAACCCACUGUCGGUGUUCGUCCGAUCGCUCGCACUGCUGGGCAAUUUCGACGAAACGACGCGCGUUCAAAACGUGCUGGCAUUUUUGAAGAGCUAUUCGCCGUAUUUGUACAAAAGCCGCCUGCUGGUACCGCUCUGGAACGAGAAGCUGGGAGAGAUUGUGCAAGAGCUGGGCACCAUAAAUCAGAAACGGUACGAUGCUUUACUGUUUGAGUUUAUUCAGGCGACCAUCAGAGAUAUCGACGAGAACAAGAACAAGUUUGUGGAGAGCGUUAUUGCGGAAAUUUACCAGCAAUUUCCGCUUUAUCAGCCGAUUGCACCGGGAACAAACCAACCGUCGAUGGAAUUCCGCAUUCCGAUGUUAGAUCGAGAGAAGCGCAUGCUCAUUAAGGUACUUGGAAUGUUUUUGUCCCAUUCGCCGGAUGAACAUCUGGUCGCCAACAAGGUAGAUCUCAUCAUCGGAUUGGCAAAAGCGGAAAAGCUGGAAAAGAGCGCAUCGAACGAGUCCUAUGAAGCCCUCCUGCAGGAUCAUGCUCAAGCUCUGGGGUACGUUUCGGUGGCGCACGUGGACAUUCUGAUGAGAAAGCUUCUUGCGUUGGUCAUUGAAAACUCGAGUGUGAAGAAAUCCGGCAGCUUUUUCUCAAAUUUAAACUUCAUUAAAGAUAGUAACAAGGAAACGGAAAAUUUUAAAACAAAGGUGCUCGUACUUCAGUCGUUGAACUACGUCGUUACACGAGCUCCGCAAGAAAAGGUCGUACAGCUGUUUGACGAAACGGUCAUCAAUUAUCUAACGGCCCAGUUCGACAACAAGGAACUGUUUCUGAAAAAGUUAAUCCUUCAAACGUUUAUGAAUUUGGCCGUGAUUCUGCUGAACAAUCCCAACGCACUACCAGAGGACCAUAUGAACAACUUUAAAAACAAAAACGAGCUGCUCAAGAUAUGUAUGAACAUAACGUGCGAUGCGCAGAAUGAGUACUUGCCCAUGUUCCCGCUUAUAUUGACACUGUCCACGACUCUCAUCAAAUUAAAUCGGGAGGAUGAAAAUGUCGACGUAAAUGGACUGCUGAACACGGCUUGUUUUUACUUUUUCACCACCGCUCAAAAUCUCAAAACCAAAUUCAACUCAAUCGAAGAGGACAAUCGCAACAGCUACCUUGCAAAGUAUCUAAAUUUGUCGCUCCCAGAGCUGAACAGUUUCAUCCAAGCCAUUCUCGAACAACAAAACGGUUCUCCAGCCUGUCUGGACGACAUCAACUCGAUACUGGAAAUUUGGCUAAAGGAUCGCAACAACGAGGUGAGAAUCUGCGCGGGUCAUGUGUACAACAAAACCCUCGACGUUUACAUGAAAUCGAUGAAGAUUGGCUGUGAGGCUCCCUCAAAGUUUAACCAAACCGGAAGUCUGCUGGGGAAAACCAUCCCACGCUGCAUCGACUCGAACGCGACCGUGCGUCAAACUGCCAUCGAAGUGUUGAAGAAAGUUCUGGAAAUUGCUUGCAUCUACGAGACGCUCACGAUCGCCGACAACCGGGUCGAGUGGGUCAAGGAGCUGGACACGAUUCGCGAGGAAAUCGUAACGGACGACCCGAAGGACAUUUAUCGGAUUGCGAGUCAGCUGGCAAACAUCAUUGCCCAACGGCUGUCCAACUAUCAGUACGUUCAGUUUAGCAAGUGUCUGCUGUACAGUUUGAACGAUCCGGAGCAAAGUUCCGCGAUCGGGGCGUCGGUUGUGCUGAAAUUUUUCAUGCAGGUCAAGGGAGCCGAAAUGUAUCACGCGAUUCCGGAGCUGAUUAAGGAGUGUCUUCAUGCGGUCAAAAACUGCGACGUUCCCAAGGCACGAUCCGGCGUACUAAAAUCGAUGCUGGCCAUCACCAAGCACCACCCAAAGCUUGUUUGCAAUGAAAUUCUUGGCCAGAGCUUGCCCCUCGAAGAUAACGUAGUUGAUUACUGGAGAACUGUCGCGAGGGAUGGAGAAUUAUCGGGAAUUAUUUUGGACAACUUUAUAGGCACUGUAACGACUUCGUGCCUGUACGAACAGCAACACCAGGACAAGCCCAACGACGCCCAUAAGGUCGUGACUUUGCAACCGUUUUCGAUAGUGUGCGUUUUAACCGAACUGUUCAAAAGCCAGGAAAUUAAGCAGGAGUUAAAGGCAAGAUUUACGGAGAUAUUUUGUAUGAUGCUGUCGACGUUGGCCACGUACAUCAAUUUGCAGCCACCGUGUGUCCACGUGGUUUCUCAGGAGGGCAGUGGGAACGUGGCUGUCCCGAAGAAUGCCAAGCGUACAAAGAGCGCCACCAGUCGGGACUCCAAGCUGAACCCGUGCCAGAUUGCGCUGGACACGUACAAGACAUUCCUUGACACGCUGGACAUGCAGCAGAUCUCGAACGUUCUAAGCGUGUGCCCGGAUCUUGGCUCCAGCACCGAUCUGAACAGCUUUAUUGAAAUCCUAACGCCACUGGCGGUCGCGACUGCAUCGGAAGUAGGCAUCAACUCAACAACGAUGAAGCAAAUCGUGCUGACGCUCAGCAAGUACGUGAGCAGUCCCUACGACAGCCAGCGGAUCGCAUCGACCGGUUUCUACUCGCAUCUGGUUCCGCUGAAGCCGUGCGGGGAGAUUUCAUCGGUAAUCAUGCUGCACCUGAACUCUUCCCUAAACGAUCCCAAUCCGUUGGUGCGAGGCCUAAGCAUUCGCGGUAUGUCGUACUUGUGCAGUCUCACCGAUCACGACGUUGACAAGUACGCGGAAAUGUGUCUGACUGCUCUGAUGAAGGGCAUUGAUGACUACAACAAGGACUGCUUCAUUAACAUCCCCUUGGAGAGCAUGCGGGGGCUGUCGAAAAUCGUCCAGACUCUGCCCCAGGAAAAGUUUGAAAUGUUUCUGGUGUCGCUGGCCAUCCGGAUUAAGCCAUUCUUUGAAAAUGUCUCCACAGAGCUGCGCGAGUGCGCGAUUUUGCUGUUUGGUGACCUUUGCCACCAGAAGGCAAACAAUGCACAGAAGUCGCAGCAAACUGAAGGUAGUGAAUCGGAUGAUGGGCUGGCCUCGGAAUCGCUGCUGGAACAACUGAAGGCCAAUUUGUGCUCACUGCUUUUGCAUUUGUCCGAGGAAAAUCUCCUGAUUGCUAGGGCUUGCAAAAUAACGCUCAAGAACGUUUGUGCCCUGCUGGAGACUACCAAGACGAAUCAGUUGGCGCAGAACCAUCUACUGGAGCACGGACAGCUGCAGUACGGAACCUUCAUCAAGGAUUUUGUCAAACUUAUUGGAGAGGAACUUCCGGAUUCAGUAAACGAUUUCAUCGAUGCCUGUUUGCCGUUUAUGCGCAGCCAGUGGGCGGAAAUUCGUGGAAAUGCAGCGGUGUUGAUUGGUUUGCUCCGAAUGCAGAGUCGAACGAGUUCGCCUGUCGACACGGUUGGCCACAAAAUCGCUCAACUGCUCAGGGACGAGGAUUGUGGCGUCAGGGUAAAAGCGGCCGAAGCGUUGGGUUUCAUCUACGGUGAAUGCUAGAAAAACUGAGAAUCUGCUUUGCUUCGCUCGAUGUUUGAGGUGGUUUAUGGGGGAUCGUGAUACUGUUUGCUUAAAACCUAGCACCAAAUAUUUUAUAUCUGUUUAUUAAAUGCAAAAUGAAGAACAAGUCAAA